AGGUAGGCGGCCUGUCAGGGCGGUUGCCGCGCGGCAGUGAAACGAUCCUGGGCAGAAGAAGCGCGCUCCCAAGAGCUGCGCGCAACCGCUGUCGGCUCAGGUCUCAGAGGAGAGGAGGGCGCCAAAUAGGAAGAACGGUAGAUGCAUAAUAUACAUCCAGUCGGGACACUAAUCAAAACAAACGGCAUCAACAACUCGUUCUCAUCUUUACUUUCACUUAUGAGUGACCCAUCGAGAAGGAGCAUCGCGUUGUCUGGACGAAGACAAAGACUGAAAACAUGGAGGCAGACAGUGUGAGCAUAUGGCCACGCAUGGAACCCUUCUUACUGGGUGCCCUGCAGGUGGCUCCCUCCUCCAAACUCAGCCUGCACUAUCUUCGUAAGAUGGCGAUCUACGUGCGUUCACGGGACGGCUGCUUCCCCAUUUUGGGCUGGCCCAUGUGGAAGCAUAUUGCCUGUGGAAAGCUACAGCUUCCAGAAGACCUCGCAUGGCUCUACUUUGAGACCUUUGACCUUCUUAUAGGCCAUACACCAGAGGAGAGGCUGGAGUGGGCAGAGUGUCUUUCCCAGUGCUCUUCUAAAAGCGAGCUGGACCAACAAAGGAACAAGUUGUCUGUGGACACGGUGCAGUUCCUCCUCUUCCUCUACAUCCAGCAACUGAACCGCAUGUCUCUGCGCACCUCUCUGAUUGGUGAAGAGUGGCCCAGUCAUCGCACUCGCUCCCCCUCUCCGUCAGAGCGAGAGGCCAAGACCAGCUCCCAGAACAAGAACUGGGACGAUCAGGCCCACCUGUCGUUUGUGCAAAGCCAUCUAGCUGAGAUUCUGGAGCUGCUGGUGGAGCCGGGCCAACUGUCACAGUCUGGACAGGCCCUCAGAGAUUGUCAGAUAUCCCUGGAGGCUGUGCGGAGCUUGGGCCUGCUCUUGGAGGGCUCAGCCUGCCACGGCCGAGCUGUUCAGCCCGUCCACAGGCUGCUGACCAAAGGUCUACUCCAGGCGCAGUCCGGCUACUCCACACUCAGCCGCUCCUUCGCCCUGCACAAGCUGCUCUCGUGUCUCCAGCACAACCUCACACUGAACCCCUUCGGGAUGACUGCCUGCCUGCGAUCAGGCAAGAAACUAGCCUGGGCUCAACAAGUGGAGGGGACCAUGAAGAGAGCCAAAAUAGCCCGAAACACCCACAUGGCUCCACCUGGCAGUAAGAUGGUGCUGAUGUCGCAGAUCUUCAAACAGACGCUGGCUAAAACCUCCGACAAGCUGACUGGAGCCAACAUCAAAAUCCACAGAUGCUCAGACUCCUUCAUAUACCUCCUCUCCCCUCUCAGAUCCGUCAGUUUGGACAAAUGCCGGGACUGCACAGUGGUUCUGGGACCCGUUGAGACCAGCGUCCACAUCCACAGCUGCCAGAACCUGCGGGUGGUGUGCGUGGCUGGCAGGAUUGCCGUCGGAGUCUCCUCCCGUUGCACUAUCUACGCCUUAACGCCCACCUACCCCUUGCUCCUACCUGGAAACACAGACAUUACACUGGCGCCUUACCACACCUUCUACCCCUCCCUGGAGGAUCAUAUGGCCAGCGUGGGGCUGGCUGUGGUCCCCAAUGUCUGGGAUCAACCCUUGCUCCUGGGGACAGAGGGUCUCGCCAACCCCUCGUCCAACAUGUCAUCCAACCCAGACCCUGCCUGCUACCGGCUGCUGCCCCCGGCUGAGUUUCACACACUGGUUGUGCCUUUCCAGAUGGAGGGCGACACAUGCGAGGUGCCAGGAGGAUUGCCUCCUCCGUAUCAGGCAGUGAUGGACGAAAAGCAGAAGAGGAUCCAGAACUGGCAGAAGACUGUGGUGGAGGCCCGGCUGAACAAGGAGCAGAAGCGGCAGUUCCAGGAGUUGGUGGAGGUCAAGUUCCAUGAAUGGCUUUUGGCGACAGGGCACAGACAGGAGCUCGACAGCCUCAUCCCCCCCACAAUGGCCUCUUUAAAGGACUCCAACGGGCCGGCAACGGACACGUCCCGAGUUAAUGAUCCCAAACACAUUAGGACGGGACAGUCACCUAUGCCUUGUUGAACUGUUGGGCUACUCUUGUUUGGAGCAUAAUGUAGCUUGAGUGUCUUACUGACAGUUCCUGUAAGUUUAAAAACAGACAGACAAGUGUGUUUAGUGCCAGUAUUAUUGUACAGUAUACUGGUGGUUAUUUACGCCCCACUCUGGUAAGUCUGGAGCUCUACAAGUCCUGAAGAAAAAGGCAGCUAUGUCCAAGCCAAGUAGGGAGUGGAUUGGCAUGUUGUAAAACAACUGCAAGCACCCAUUACUUUGAAGAGAGCUUUAGACACAGGUACACAGGGUGUAGCAUUUGUUAAGUUGCCAGACAUUUUGAAAAAGACUUGGAUUCGAGUUUACAUCUGAAAAUCCAAAUCUGGUCGAGAUUACCUUUGGGGCAGCUGAGCACUGAUUGACUUUCUGCUGAGAAACCUGUCUGUUUGGCCCUAAAAACGUGUUCUCUUGAAGCACCAAUGACUCUGUACUUCACCUUUUGUGUCGGAUGUUUUGGAGUCGGCAUUUAGUGACCAUUAGAGGAGCUUAAACUUAAAGCCCUUGCGAUUGGUAUCAUGAGCUCUCUGCUUUAGGAUUGCUGUGGCUCACGCUCAUGGAGAAUCAUGACUGCUGUGAACACUUUGGCUCUCUUCUAUACAGCCGGGAGACAUUGUCACCAUUUCUUCCCAAACUGUGCCCAGCAUACAUAUGCUACUUUUCUGUAAAAAAUAAAUAAAAAAUAACAUGUAGAAUGUAGAUUCUAAAUAACUGUAGCACUUUGGGUAUUAAGUACAUGUUAAUACACCAACAGCUACUAGCUCAGGUCAUAGUAUUUUUGUGUUUAUAGAAUAUAAAAUAAAUAAAUAAUAGGAAUCAAGUGUUUUCUAUUAUGGGACAAAAAGGAAGGACUAUGAACAUAAUUUCUUGUAGGUACGUGAUACCGUCCAAAACUGCCAGAUUGGAUGUGGGUAAAAGAGGAAGUCAACAAUUCUGCAUGGCCCUGCAUCGGCUAAAUCCUUCAAGCAUGAUGCCUUUCUGUUGCCAGACCCCAAUUAUUUCUGUUUAUGCUGCAUUUGGCUUUCGAUUUCCUUUGUAUCACACGCACUAAGCGCUUCAACGUAGCUUUCACGCCCUUAAAACAGUCUAACUCAACAAGUAAAAGCUGGUUACUUGAAGGUAUCUACAUAAAAGCGACAUGACACUGUCAUGAAUGUGUCAAACAUUAUAAACAAGUCAUAAACGUUUAGGACAUAACGCUUCUUUUAAGUGUCAUUUUGUUUUGUUGUGACAAGAUAGGGUUCAUGUGUUCAUGACAGUGUCAUGUCACGCUUAUGUAGAUAGUGUCACCUAAAAGUUGAACUCUUACGUAGGAGUUAAAAUUUUGUUUUGGCCAACAAUGCCCCCCCAAAAAAAAUGUCCCCUUGUCCUUUAGGGCUUCCGUAGAUCCAAGCUGUCAGAAGGAAAUAUUUGCUCUAAAAUCCGUGACAGCUGUGUGGUCCAACAUGACACACGGUGCAGCGAGUCAUAAACUAUUUCUCCUUAACUUUCUUCAGCAUAGCCGAUUCGCCAAAUGAGGCUAAAUUAAACAAUCCUUUGGUCAGUUUGCAGAACAGAUGUCUAAAUGUUUAUUUUUGUAUAAAUUUGCUUGUAUGAAUAUGUAUAUUUUAGCAUUAUAGUAAGAUUAUUUUUCAUAAAUCUAGCCUGCCUUCUAUGUUUAGCAUUGGAUACCUCCAAGUGUACUUCAGCCCGUUAGCUUCCUGGUUCCUCUCAUUACAACAUGCUAACUUUGGAGUUUUCAGAUUGGGACGUUAUGCACAACACAACCGCUGCAUGUGACUUCAGUGCAACAUUUUAAUAAGUUAUGGGAAGUUAAGGGACUAUGGACUUGAU